GGAGACCAAGAUGGCCGGUAGAAUCUUGACCUUCCUCAAGAAUGCCUGGGCCAAGGAGCCGGUGCUGGUGGUGUCCUUCUCUGUCUGGGGCCUCGCUAUAACUAUGCCCAUGAUCAGCCCCUACACCAAGUAUGCAGGCAUGAUCAACAGGGCCAUACCCUACAACUACCCAGUACCUGUGCGAGAUGAUGGGAACAAGCCUGAUGUGCCCAGCCACCCCCAGGAACCUCAGGGCCCAAGCCUGGAAUGGCUGAAGAACCUGUGAAUACUCCUGCUGAUGGCAGAGGCCCCUUCCCUAUUGCCCUCCAAUAAAAAUGUGAAAACCAAAAAAAAAAAAAAAAA